AUGGUUAUGCUGCCAAACCUUUACUUUAUACACUCCUUGAGAUCUGGGCAAGCCUCGGUGAUUUCAAGAGUGAAGGAAGAUUCCUGCAACUACACAAAGAAAUUCUGGAAACCACGAAUUUGUGCCAAGAAUAAAGGCCGCGAUGAAGCUGGACAUUCGGCAACAAAUGCGAUGUAUCGGUUAGUAAGACUUGAUGGAGUGAAAGUUGGCCAUGUUCGGGCGUUAAAUCUUAGCGAAGACAAAGCGUAUCGCGUUGUGACAAGGAGUUUGCGUCCACUUUUAUUCCAAAUCCCGGAAUUUUUAAGUCUUAAGGAAUGCGAUGAAGUCAUCCAAAUUACGCAGAAGCAACAUCUCAAAGACAGCGAAACGGUUUAUGGAAAAGCAGAAGGUAUUCCAAGGGAAGAGUUUGAAAAAAGUUUGAACGGAAGAAACCUAUCUUUCGAGAAAGCAGCACUUUGCAGGAGGAUGUUUCGACCCGAAAACCUUGAUAAAGACAAAGACAGAAAAAUUUCUCUGCAGGAGUUUAUCACUAUGAUAGACAAAGAAAAACGUGUUCAUCCAACGAACGAAGACGCAAGGCCCAUUUUUCGCCUAUUUGACGUUGAUUUGGAUGGUCUUAUUGUUCCAGAAGAAUGUGUCAAUUUGACCAAUGCAGUCUAUUCGGAAUUUUUGUAUAAUUUGGAAGAGCUUAAGUUAACCCCUCGAUAUUAUCUUCGAUUUAGUGAAACAGCAAGUUUGCCUAGAAACGAACCGCUAGUGAAGACCUUGCAAGAAAGAAUUGCGAAACUGACGGGUCUUUCAAGAAGGUUAAUUGAAAAAAGUGAACCGAUUCAGGUUGGUCUAUUAUGAAUUAAUAUUACAGCAGAUGUUUAUGUCCUGCAUGCAGUCACGCAAAAAAUUAUGCAGCAAAACUCGUUUGAUCUCACUUCCGGGACUCUCAGAGAGCUGUCUUCCAUCAUGCAGAGUUUACAGUAAAAUUAUGCUGCAACUACGGGUAAUCGCGUGAUGACCUUAUCCUCAAACUCUCAGUCGUUAUUUAUUGCAUUCCACAAACAAAAAAGAUGCCUCAUUUUCCUCUUUUUUUAUUACGACGGCCGAGCAAAACGCUUUAAGAUGGCCUUCCUCCUAGCCUCACGCAGACGUUCUUGGGGCUUUGUCACACGCUUUUGUGACCCAGCCCUAAGAACGUCAUCAUAUGCACUAUAUACUUCAACGUUUAUAGGUAGUCAUUAGGACACGUGAAGGAGGAUCAUGAGGUUAUCUCUAUAUUAAGAUCCUUCCUUACAGAUAACCCACCCAGCCCAGGAAAGGUUAGCCGCUCAUCCGGGAUCUUCGUCCCCUACUCUUUUCGAACAGUGGUGUGGGUUCUUUUACGUCUCGUAAGAACCAGAUAAGUGAAAGUGCUGUGAGACGGGGCCUACGGUUUUUCGUCCUUAUCCGAGAAGACUGGAAAGUCUAACGGUUUGCAAAUGGACGCUGAGUGUUGGUCCGGCCGCCGUUUGAGCCCGGAACCUCCGGCUCAGCAGACUGGCGCUCUCCCAACUGAGCUACCCAGACGUCUGCUUAGCCUGAGGUUACUCCUCCCAGAAACUCGACUGUGUUAUACGCUACUAGUCUUUGCGCGGUUUAUCUUACGCCGAAAAACACUUGCGCACCUGAAAAGAAAAAACGUCGAAGAUGAAUAAAAGAGAAAAAAAUAGAGGAUAGGAACAGAGGAUAGAUUAAAUAGUCGUUUGCUCUAUUUCCUUUCCUUAAUUAUUUUCACUUUGAUUUCAGGCCGUGCGUUACUCUACGUUUGGGCAUUACAAUGUGCAUUAUGAUACAACCUUCGGCGGUGCAAAGAGAACAGAAUGUUGCCGAGGAACAGCCUACGAUGACUGCCACCUGUGCAGGUACGAAUAAGAAUGCAGUUUUUUCGCAUGUUUAUGCUCUAGGAUCGAGACUGUUUUAAGACCAUGGCAUGUUAUUGGCAUGUUUGCACUCCACUAGGACGUUUAGGAGUCCAUGACCUAUAGGCUUCUGACCAGGACUGUUUCCUCCACAGGCGUUCCCUAAGACUUAAAGUGGAACACGGACUUUUAAAGCGGGUUGCUGGAGACAAGCGAUAAGUCCGAGAGUGAAGGGUGAUGGGAAGGAGCGCAGAGCGCGAGCGGGUAGUAUGGGAAGUCUCCCCUUCCCAUCACUCCCUUCGCCCUCGCUUUUCUUAAUGAUUAACUGAAGUAUACUCUAAAAGAGCGAUCGCGAGCGACUAGGGGCAAGGCAGCUGACAAGGAGACUAGAAGGCACGUUUUACGCUCGAAGACCAGGGUACACGUUCUUGUGUCCUUGGCACCGGGGCCCAGUUGUUCGAAGGCCGUUUAGCGCUUAACCCAGGGUUAAGUUUCACCCUUUUUCUUUUUCUCUUGCUCAAAAGCAUUUUCUUGGAUAAUUUUCUUUGUUAUUUUGAAGAGCAUCCAACCUGUUGACAAAAAAAAUUAAACUGAAUUCACUUUUUAAGCUUUCCAAUUUGAAUUCAAAUUUCUCACUAACCCUGGGUUAUCUUAACCCAUCUUUGAACAACCCGGCCCGGGUAUUUUCGUAUCCCACCAAAAAAUAAUCAUUUGUUACAACAGAGCACCCUACGAUCAAAUUACCUAUACCAUAUUUACUUAUUUCCUAGGUUUAUAACAGUAAUCUUGUACUUGAACGAUGUAAUCAAAGGAGGCGAGACAGCCUUUCCAGUAGCUGAUGACCCGCAAAAAUUUCACUCUAGAAACUACUCCAUAACUCUGAACAAACGAUGCCAAGAGGCUAAUUUGAUCAUUAAGCCAAAGAAAGGGACAGCGGUCAUGUGGUACAACCAUUUUCUAGAGCAUGAUGGGGCGGAUCACAUGGGAGGAGCUGAUUGGAUGACUUUGCAUGGCGGAUGUGACGUCAUCGAAGGUGUCAAGUGGAUCGCAAACGUUUGGUUAAACGCACCAGUGAAGUCGGGAGGAGAAAUAUAGCGUAAAGUUUCUCUGACUUAAAAGAAGUGGUUUCACUAUGACAGGAAUUACUUUCUCUGUGGUGUUGUCUUUCAUACUGCACCAGGGAAAACCGCAAAUAUUAGAACUCGGAGAAAUUUCGUGCCACACGGUAUCUUAUUUUGAUUGAGCAAAUAUUUCAUCGGUAGGAAGGACGGGGCACUCGUGAGAUCAUCAUUGCAGAGCUUUUAACAAAAUAACAAGGCCAAUGAAGGGGAUAAUGCGACAGGCUGAUUU